CUAUGCGAUCUUUUUGGAUAACAAUGCUAAUCGUAAUCGCAGUUGGCUAUGUGUUACGCGUAGGUGAAUGUCAAUAUUCUCGCGUCUUUUGUCUACCGGUCUUGCAAUUUUUGGAUAUUUUUUAAGGAAUACGAGUAUUGCUGGAACAAUUGUUGAAAAUUAUCAUAAUCGGGUAGUGUGAGUGAUCGAAAUGUCGGUAAGCGAAAACAACAAGUUGUUACGGUUCGGGAAAACGUUGAAGAAAAACAUUUUUUGUGAUAGUGACCAUUGUGAAGCUUGGUGUCUAGGAAAACCUGUUUGGUUGUUGGUGAUCGUAUCCGGUGUCAAAUCCGCUCGAUGUUUCAUCGUUCAGUGUCGCGAAAACUCACCUGCCAACGAAGUUCUCCAAAACGGAGCUUUUCCCAGCGGACUGUCCUCCGACCACAGCGAUUUGGGGCAGUUCCAAAGUCAAGCUCACGCCCAAUUGUGA